AUGGUGGGGUCUUCACAGCAUUGGGGUCUUCAUGAUGUUGGGUCCCUGGGUGAUGGCCGGAAGUUCAUCAUCGGGAACGCGCGGGCGCGGGACUGCGCCGUCAUCUACUGCAACGAGGGGUUCUGCCGGCUGUGGGGGUUCGGGCGGGGGGAGGUGCUGCAGCGCCCCGGGACCUGCCCCUUCCUGCACGGGCCCCGCACCCACCCCCGCGGGGUCGCCCUGGUGGCCCGGGCCCUGCUGGGGGGGCACGAGCGCAAGGUGGAGCUCUGCCUCUACCGCAAGGACGCUGUGACCACCCCCAUGGUCCUAGAUCAUCCUCGGGCCAUUGGGACCCCCUGGAGCAUCCUCAGACCCACCGGGACCCCCCAGCUGGUGGUUGUGCUGUCCCUGGGGGCUGACGUGCUGCCCGAGUACAAGCUGCAGGCCCCCCGCAUCCACCGCUGGACCAUCCUGCACUACAGCCCCUUCAAGGCGGUGUGGGACUGGCUCAUCCUGCUCCUGGUCAUCUACACGGCCAUCUUCACCCCCUACUCGGCCGCCUUCCUCCUCAACGACCAGGAGGAGGCCCGGCGCCACCACUGCGGCUACUCCUGCAGCCCCCUCAACGUGGUGGACCUCAUCGUGGACAUCAUGUUCAUCAUCGACAUCCUCAUCAACUUCCGCACCACCUACGUCAACUCCAACGAGGAGGUGGUCAGCCACCCGGCCCGCAUCGCCACCCACUACUUCAAGGGCUGGUUCCUCAUCGACAUGGUGGCCGCCAUCCCCUUCGACCUCCUCAUCUUCGGCUCCGGCUCUGAGGAGGUGCUGUCCCUGGGGGCUGACGUGCUGCCCGAGUACAAGCUGCAGGCCCCCCGCAUCCACCGCUGGACCAUCCUGCACUACAGCCCCUUCAAGGCGGUGUGGGACUGGCUCAUCCUGCUCCUGGUCAUCUACACGGCCAUCUUCACCCCCUACUCGGCCGCCUUCCUCCUCAACGACCAGGAGGAGGCCCGGCGCCACCACUGCGGCUACUCCUGCAGCCCCCUCAACGUGGUGGACCUCAUCGUGGACAUCAUGUUCAUCAUCGACAUCCUCAUCAACUUCCGCACCACCUACGUCAACUCCAACGAGGAGGUGGUCAGCCACCCGGCCCGCAUCGCCACCCACUACUUCAAGGGCUGGUUCCUCAUCGACAUGGUGGCCGCCAUCCCCUUCGACCUCCUCAUCUUCGGCUCCGGCUCUGAGGAGGUGCUGUCCCUGGGGGCUGACGUGCUGCCCGAGUACAAGCUGCAGGCCCCCCGCAUCCACCGCUGGACCAUCCUGCACUACAGCCCCUUCAAGGCGGUGUGGGACUGGCUCAUCCUGCUCCUGGUCAUCUACACGGCCAUCUUCACCCCCUACUCGGCCGCCUUCCUCCUCAACGACCAGGAGGAGGCCCGGCGCCACCACUGCGGCUACUCCUGCAGCCCCCUCAACGUGGUGGACCUCAUCGUGGACAUCAUGUUCAUCAUCGACAUCCUCAUCAACUUCCGCACCACCUACGUCAACUCCAACGAGGAGGUGGUCAGCCACCCGGCCCGCAUCGCCACCCACUACUUCAAGGGCUGGUUCCUCAUCGACAUGGUGGCCGCCAUCCCCUUCGACCUCCUCAUCUUCGGCUCCGGCUCUGAGGAGACCACCACGCUGAUCGGGCUGCUGAAGACGGCGCGGCUGCUGCGGCUGGUGCGUGUGGCCCGUAAGCUGGACCGGUACUCGGAGUACGGGGCGGCCGUGCUCUUCCUCCUCAUGUGCACCUUCGCGCUCAUCGCGCACUGGCUGGCCUGCAUCUGGUACGCCAUCGGCAACGUGGAGGGGCAGCGCAUCGGGUGGCUCCACUCCCUGGGGCAGCAGAUCGGGCGCCCCCUCAACGCCAGCGACCCCCGGGGGGGCCCCACCAUCAAGGACAAGUACGUCACGGCGCUCUACUUCACCUUCAGCAGCCUCACCAGCGUGGGCUUCGGCAACGUCUCCCCCAACACCAACUCCGAGAAGAUCUUCUCCAUCUGCGUCAUGCUCAUCGGAUCGCUGAUGUACGCCAGCAUCUUCGGGAACGUCUCGGCCAUCAUCCAGCGGCUCUACUCGGGCACGGCGCGGUACCACACGCAGAUGCUGCGCGUGCGCGAGUUCAUCCGCUUCCACCAGAUCCCCAACCCCCUGCGCCAGCGCCUGGAGGAGUAUUUCCAACACGCCUGGUCCUACACCAACGGCAUCGACAUGAACGCCGUGCUGAAGGGGUUCCCCGAGUGCCUGCAGGCCGACAUCUGCCUGCACCUCAACCGCAGCCUCCUGCAGAACUGCAAGCCCUUCAAGGGGGCCACCAAGGGCUGCCUGAGGGCCCUGGCCAUGAAGUUCAAGACCACCCACGCCCCCCCCGGGGACACCCUGGUCCACGCCGGGGACGUCCUCACCGCCCUCUACUUCAUCUCCCGCGGCUCCAUCGAGAUCCUGCGCGGGGACGUGGUGGUGGCCAUCCUGGGGAAGAACGACAUUUUUGGGGAGCCGCUGAACCUCUACGCGCGGCCGGGGAAGUCCAACGCCGACGUGAGGGCCCUGACCUACUGCGACCUCCACAAGAUCCACCGCGAGGACCUGCUGGAGGUGCUGGACAUGUACCCCGAGUUCUCCGACCACUUCUGGUCCAGCCUGGAGAUCACCUUCAACCUGCGCGACGUGAGCGGCCGCGGGGACCCGGGGGGGACAGGGUGGAGGAGGGGGAGAACAGAUAAUUAA